AAUUUCCCCUCAUUCUCUCAUCAUCGCUGUCCUCUUAUCCCCUUUUCUUGUUCUGGUAACAAAUCUCUUAAACCGUGACUCUCGUCUUCUUUAAAUUGAAAUAAAAUCCAGUUUAGCUUCUUACCAAAGAAAAAAAACAACACAAUGGUUAAGUACGGAGAGGAUUAUGUGUUGAAUUCACGAGGGAUGAAGCUCUUCACGUGUUCAUGGAGACCAGAAGAGCAGCAAGAACCAAAGGCAAUGAUCUUUUUAUGCCACGGCUACGGAAUGGAAUCAAGCAUCACCAUGAAUAGCACGGCAAUAAGGUUGGUGAACGCAGGGUUUGUGGUCUACGGAAUAGACUAUGAAGGUCACGGUAAAUCCGGGGGAUUAAAUGGUUACAUACAAAACUUUGAUGAUCUUGUUGAUGACGUCUCUUCUCAUUUCUCUUCAAUUUGUGAUAAGGAAGAGAAUAAAGGAAAGAUGAGGUUCCUGAUGGGAGAAUCCAUGGGAGGAGCGGUCGUGUUACUAUUAGCAAGAAAGAAGCCUGAGUUUUGGGACGGUGCCGUUCUAGUCGCUCCCAUGUGUAAGCUAGCAGAAGAGAUAAAGCCACAUCCUAUGGUGAUCAAGUUUCUCACAAAGCUAACUCGGGUUAUUCCAACUUGGAAGAUAGUUCCUAGCAACGAUAUAAUUGACGUCGCAUUUAAAGAAUCCCACAUCAGAAAACAGGUUAGGGAAAAUGAGUAUUGCUACAAGGGCCGGCCUCGCUUGAAAACUGCUCAUCAACUCUUAACAACUAGCUUGGAUCUUGAGAAGAAUCUUCAUCAGGUAGCGAUGCCAUUUAUUGUCCUUCACGGAGAAGAUGAUAAAGUUACAGACAAAGACGUAAGCAAGCUACUAUACGAGGUGUCAUCCAGUUCCGACAAGACUUUCAAGUUAUACCCGAAUAUGUGGCAUGGGCUUUUGUACGGUGAGUCUCCUCAGAAUUUGGAGAUUGUGUUUGGUGAUAUCAUUGGAUGGUUAAACGAGAGAGCUUCGGUUACUAACCAAAGGAUAGAGACUGAGUUAAAGCAUGCAUAAAUGAUGGUUUUUCCAUGCAUAAAUAAUUCUUGUGACAACACAAGAAUUAUUACUACUAUUGUAACUCAUGUACAACACAGUAUCAUACAAUACAAGCUAUGCUGUUUGCCAUAAUUCUCAUAUAAAUAAAGCCUGUUUAACUUGAAACCCAUUUUGGAUUUGGAAAAUCAAAGGCUUAAUUUGAAUGAUUGAUUGCACCAGUUCAGAUGAACUAAAUAUAUGCAUUGAAUGCUUUAACAAUAGAGUGAAACCCUAUAAGAUUCAUAAUAAAAAAAUGUCAGAAUUUUGCAAUUCACGUUUAAUAGUGAACUUUUUAUUUAUUUUUAAAUUCUUAUAAUGCUCAACCCAAAAUAUUAUGUUUAUUUUGCGUGAUUUUGAAGCAUAUAAACAACUGUUCAAAAAUUAGUUUAUACUAUUUGGAUAUUUAAGUUCUCAAGAAUAGUCAUAAAUUUUGUUUGCUUCUCUAUUAAC